CGCAGUCCACGUGAGAAGGAAUUGCGGGAACCUGCACGCAGUAAAUUACUACACGCUUGAAGAAAACACCAACAAAGGGGCGCUGUGAUUUUUUUUUCUUGCCAAACAGAAAAUUAAUCCUCUCUCUCAAAGGGCACAUCCCUUCUAAGGCUGUCCAGCAUGAUGAAAGAAUGCCUGCAGUUUCUCAUUGAACCGGCCAAAAAGCUCAAGAGCCGACUCAGAGAGUCCCGUAAGCGAGUGAGGCUUGACAAGAAGGAGCCGCUGGUGGAAAGUCAGUUAUUUAUUAUGGAGCUGGCCCGAGAACUCAACAAAAUUUGCCAGAGGUCAGACGUUCUGCAGCACAUAUGGACCUGUGAGGACACCUGGCCUGCAGGCUUGUGUCGGGACUUUAUUGUGGAGUGGGCUGCUGUGUUGGAGAAGAAAGUGCAGUCAAAGGUCAGUGUAUCAGACUGCCAGUCCCCCACCGCAGAGAAGAGGGACUGGAGGGGUCACCUUCUCUGCAUCCUGGAGGCGGAUGGAGAGUAUGACAUGGGUCCUCACAGGAGGGUCAUCAUGGAGUGGACACGGCAAAUGAAAAGCAGACGUGAGCCCACAGUAUGGCCUGGCGAGCCUGUGCUGAUGAUGCUGGACGACUUGGAGUUCCAGUGGAAGAGAGGCAGUCUUCCCAACCUGCUGCCCGCUUUGGAACUUGUCAUGCUGGCUGUGCUGAACACAGACAGUCCUGUCCAGAGUCAAGUGCACCAGCAGCAGCAGCAGCUGUCUGUCAGCCCCCAACUUCCCCUGCCCCUGAAUCAGCCCCAGUACCCCCACAUGAGGAAAGAGGAGGAUGUGACCAAGCAAUGGCUGGUCAGAAAGCAGAGAAACCAGAACAUGGAUGCUGUUCACUACAUCCCCCACUGUGUCUGGAAUUGGAUUUGUGACGCAUCAGAGGACGUGAUGCUGGACCCGGACUCGGCCAACCCGGACCUGCUCAUCUCCGCCGAUGAGAAGAGUAUGCGAUGCGGCCUGGAGCGCCGCGACGUUCCUUGCUGCAGCCGGCGCUUCGACGGCUGGUGGUGCGCAGCGGCCCGGACGGGCUUCCUGUCCGGGCGCCACUACUGGGAGGUGGAGGUGGGCCAACGGGACUGGCGGCUCGGUGUGGCCAAGGCGUCCGCUGUGAGGCGAGGCUUCGGCUCGCUCAACACGCACACGGGUUACCUGAUGCUCCGUCUGGAGCGGGGCGCCGACCUGAAGGCCCUGACGGUUCCCGCCACCUCGCUGCCUUCGAGCUGGCGGCCCGGGAAAGUGGGCGUGUACCUGGACUACGAGCAGGGCCAGCUGUCCUUCUACGACGUGGACAGGCGCGCCCACCUUUACACCUUCAACGCCACGUUCACAGAGGAACUGUUCGCCAUUUUUGGGACUGUGGAGGUGAUGAAGGACCUGGUGAUCAGGCCGAUGGGUGUCAAACAACGGUGCCUCUGUCCCGGGCCGUGCCUCUGGAACUAAAACCACACCGCAAACGUCAUUAGCGUAUAUCUUCAGGUGUGUAAGGAGGGUGUUUAAAUCCAACCAAUCAGAGGUCUGCAUUGUCUACAACAGCCAAUCAUUGAGUGUAAACGACAAAUAGCAUAUAAAAGGCUAGAUCAGGGGUGUCAAACGUACGGCCCAAGGGCCGGAUCAGGCCCGCGAACAGACUCAAACUCAAAACGGGGGUUUGAGUUUGCGGAAUAUAAAAAUUUACCUGAAAUUUUUGAAUGAAAGAAACUGCUGUUCUAAAUGUGUCCACCAGAUGUCGCACUAGCAAUUCUUUGUAUCUUUGUACAAAAUAAACCACAUGAUGUUAGUGCACCAAUCGAAGAAAAUGAUCAAACUACAUAAAUAACAUCCUGUAAUUUGAUUUUGAUAUAUAUUUUUUAUCUUGAUAGAUUGAAAAUUAAUACUAAUGAGUCGACUGAUGAACAUUAUCACAUAAUGUAUUCAGAAAGUAUCAAUAACUACAAAUAAAGAUAAAAUACUAUUAACCGCAACAUGCAAGUGUAAAACAACAACAUUAUGAUUUGUACAUUUUCAGAAUGUGCUUGUUAUGAUCCGCUGCCCGGAUCAUAUUUCUGUUUACGUUUUCUAGUCACUUGUGUUUUUUCUGUUAGUCGUGAUCUCUUUGUAGUUCCUGUUUAAGCACUUCUCAGUUUGGUUACCAUAGUUACUGAUUAUUUUCACCUGCCGCGGGUGUUCCCGACGCGCACCUGUUUUUCAUGAUUGACAUUAUUAUUUAAAGCUUGCCUCCCCAACCAGUCGGUCUGGCUUCGUAGUUUGUUUUCACACAACGGAUGACGACGUAUGUUUCCUGUGCUUUAGCUGCUAGUUUUUACGCUAGGCUAAUUUUGCUUGCUAGCUCCCACGCUAGCCCUUUUGUUUUUGCCUUAUGUGCCAUGUGCACGUCUUUGUUUUUUCCUGCAUGUUUAGUUCCUGAAUAAAUAAUUUUCCUACCUGCAAGCUGUGUCCGAGCCCGUCUGCAUUCCUGGGAGAACACCUCGCACCACGAUGCGACCCCGUCGUCACAGUGCUUGUUCUAUUCAUAAACAAAGAAAACAAUCUGAAGUCGUCUUUAUUUUUAAGUUAUCGUGCCGUAUUUUACCAGUCCGGCCCACUUGGGAGUACAUUUUCUCCAUGUGGCCCCCCAUCUAAAAUGAGUUUGACACCCCUGGGCUAGACUCUCCACCUGCAUGCUUUUGCUGUCUAUUUCUACUUAUUUUUUUAAGUAAUUCAUUAUUUUUGCAUACUUUAUGAAUACAGCUAAAUGUUGUUUUUUUCAAUACAGCCUUUUUUCACACUAGCAAUUGUUGUGUGCAAUCCCAGCUUUAAAAACAGCAAUGUACAGAAGUGUAAUUUUGGAAGAAAAUGCGCAAUAGUAUGCUGAGUGUGCUUGUUUCUUACUUCAAGUCUAUCAAUAAACAAUUG